CGGCAGAAAAUGUCUCAUAUGUCGUUUACUCACAAGUCGGUCUUGAAGCGCACAGAAAGUGUUUAGCUGCAUUUGGCAUGUAGCCAGUUGUACAGUAUUUUCUGUGGUGUUUUGCUUGCACCUGCGCGUGACCGUGCACAAGCGGGUGUAUACAGCAUGAGUGACAGCAGCACAGAAGGAAGGAAAGGGAACCUUUAAUUGAAUGGGAGGCAGGGGGUCAUGGAGGAGGAGUGAUAGAAUUAUUGAGUGAAUUAAUUCAGCCUUUGCCAGCCCUAAUUGACUGUAUACUGCAAACUUGCAUGUACAGUACAAACAUACUCGCCAUGGAGGAAGAAAAGAACGAAAACACGUUCUUACCUAGAAAGAGAAGUUUCACUUUUGGGGCUUAUGGAAGCGUGGAGCUAUCCGGGGAUGAGGCAGGAGCUGAACCUACGGAGGACUACACAAUGGACAUUUUGGACCCCCCAGUAUAUGACAGCAAGCCGGUCCUCUCCGCUAGCAACAGCCAAAAGGAGACCGAGCUGUUUGAAAUCAUUGAAAAACUCCAGGGUAGCAGACUUGAUGAGCAGCGAUGUGAAUUCCCCCUGCCUCUUAAGUCUCAGCUUUUGACUAUAGGUGGAGAGCAGUCAAUCAUCCUCCCUUCGAAGCUGGGGGGCUACUGGAUAGACCCGCCUGUGGAAAUGUUUGCAGAUGUCAGUCCCACCUCCUCCCAUCACGGCCUCCAAGCAGACAGCUACGAACUCAUGGAAAGGGACGGCGAGGCCAAAAUCUACCACGAUUUUUUCCGCUCACAGUAUCACCAUUCAUUCACAGCAGUAGAUCCAACAUUAGGGCCACUGGUUGUGUCUGUGUGUUUGGAGGAAGAGGAGAAUAGGAUGCGAGUCAUACUAAGAAUGAAAGAGUGCUCUCGACAUAGAGUUUUCUCCCUGUCACUUUUUCACAGCAUUCCAUCUGCUGUCGAACUGGCAAAGCUGCUGUGCGACAGAGUGACUGUCUCAAAGUUUGAAGCGGUCACCUACCUCAAGGCGCCGGUACUAAUAAGUGCAUUCGAUGAACACAGAAUGUCUUACAAUUUCAAGUUUGGUGUAUUGUACCAAAAAGAGAAUCAGUUGACUGAGGAGGACAUACUCGGCAACGAUGAGGAAAGCGAGGCGUUUACAGAGUUCCUGUCUAUUUUGGGAGACACGGUUCAACUCCAAGGCUUCACUGGAUUCAGAGGAGGUCUGGAUGUGUGUCACGGCCAGACAGGAAGCGAGGCGGUCUUCACUUCCUUUCACGGCAGAGAAGUCAUGUUCCAUGUGGUGACCAAACUGCCCUUUACAGAGGGCGACCCACAGCAGCUGCAAAGAAAGCGACACAUUGGUAAUGACAUUGUUGCGCUGGUCUUCCAAGAGGGUCUGACUCCUUUCUUAGCAGAUGUCAUUAAGUCGCACUUCCUGCACUGUUUCAUCGUGGUCCGGAGGGUUCCGAGCGGGAAGACACACGACACGGGCCAAGCUGCAUAUCAGAUAUCUGUCACAGCCAGAGAAGAUGUUCCUCCAUUUGGUCCCGUCCUUCCAGAUCCUCCAGUCUUCACAGAUCACUCCCUACUGAGAGAAUUCCUCCUGACCAAGCUCAUCAAUGCGGAGAUUUCCUGCUAUAAAGCUGAGCAGUUCAGCAGACUGGAGCUGCGCACUCGUUCAUCACUUCUGGAGAGUCUGCAGGCAGAACUCUCCACUCGUUCGCACUGCAUGCUGGGAGAUCCAUCAGCCUCCUCUCUCCCCACCACUGAGUGUGUCAGAGGGGCGUCCGAAAGCAGUGGGGGAUUCAUUGAGAAUUUUAAGCGGGCUAUCAGAGUGCGGAGUCAUUCCUUCGAGACCCUCGGAGUGCCCAGGAAAAUCAGUGGCAUCUCCCCACAGAAACCGAAGACAGACAAAGAUGCAGAGAGCGACUGCUUGGCACAAGCUGAAGUCAAAGAUCCUGCAAGUCCUCAAGAGGAGACGUAGAAGAACGGCACCUUGCAGAUUUUCCUUUUAAAUUGACCUCAUUAUCUGUGUGAAUGACUCCUGUAAAUAGACAGUAAAGGUAGCAUUGCUGCUCAUGCGAUUAUCAUACUGCACUAGCAGUCAUAUCUGUGAUUUAAGACAAUCCAAAUCAUAUUUUAGUGACAUGUAUACUAAAUAAAAGGCCUGCAAAUGUUUAAGGAAACGUGUGUCAUUACAGAUGUAUGAAGAAAGUGCUUUUACUUAAGGCCUGAGGAGACAAGCACAUCAGAAAUUCAGCAGAUUAAGAAAAAAGACUGCUUUACUUAAUAAAUCCAUCAAUUCAUUUUUAUAGCAUGUACGAUCUCAUAAUAAUGAGAUACUGUAAUAUCUCAUAUGUAUAAGAUUUAGGUCAACCACCAAUGACAAAGCUUGGGAUGUGUUGUUGCACUCCACAGGAAUCUAAAAGUAAGCUUUAUGAAGGAAUUGUGUACUUCAAAAUAUGGUAAAAUAAUGUGAAUUGUCCUGUUUCCGCAAGUAAGAAAAAACAUCAAAAAAAACUUUUUCACUUUGUUCUUGUUGUUGUUUUUUGAACUUUCGGAAAUGGGCUUACAUAAAAUGCAAGUGUGAUUAUAAAAAGAAGAGCAACAAGAAAAAAGUUAGCUGCAGCUCACGGGUAAGUGGCCCGUGGGCUGCUCAUGUGGUCACUGGGGCCUACCUGGUGCCCGCGUGCACCAUGUUGGUGACCCCUGAUUUAUAGUGGCUGGGCAAGUUAAUUACUACUAAAAAGAAAAUAAAUACAUUUUACAAGCAGUAUUUUGUAUUCAUGUUAGAAGGAAGACCAAGAUGGAUGAUCAAAUGUUUUCAUAAUAAGCAUUUUAUUUAAAGUCUAUUGGAAAAAGAGGCAUCAAUAUGACCCAUGUGCCAAUAAUAUAAUUAAACUUAAUGUUGUUUGUUGGAUAAACGAAAUAUGUUUUACUUACACUUAAUUGUAAUAAUUCAAAAACAAUUACGAAAUAAAUCCAGUGCUGAGUCGUGUGAUUUUUAUUCUGUUAUUUCAAAGAAAAUAUCGAUUGUAACGUGUAACGUUUG